GCACCCAACAAGUUCCUAGUGUCCUAGGAAUAUGGGACCAAAUAAACUUUUGACUACAUUUAAAACACUAUAAGUGAAUUUGUACAAAUACUUAUUAGCCCUUAAAAUGGGGGGGGACUAGAUACACAGAGUGCGUAUACUGUAUUUCUAAACACUAAAACAGAGUUGGAGUCAUUGCAGCUCAAGGUGGCACAACAAGCUGUGUAGUGUUAAGGCAAAAACCAAAACGUGCACCCCUUGGGGUUCCGAGAACCGAGUUUGGGAAACGCUGCCCUAUGUAGUCAGUCAUACAAGAAAAUAGAAUAUCAAGUGUGUCAUCUUAUAAGACCUUCCAUAACCAGCCUAUGGUUGUACUGUAUGCCUCUUUCCUUCAUUACCCCCACCAUACUACUGUUCAGACAUGGUAUCAUGACUUCCUGUGUACAGUCAAUGUAUAAUGUUUCCCUUAUAUUAGAGGCCGUGUUUGUUUGGGACUGCCAUGUUGCGAAAACUAAAUGGUCGGGGGCCAAACUGAUAGAUUUCAUCAUUCAAGUCUCGGCCUAGUCUUUACAGUACAGGAAUGUGCAGCUACAAAGUAAUUCAAGGACACUUGAGUGGGAUCAAUGAUGGGACUUGACUCCACAAUAAUAUCCACGUAAACAUUUUGGUUUGGUUUUACUCGGCCCAGUGAACUGCAUCCCACGUCUAUCUGGACUCCCUCAGGGCAAGAAGAGUGGGGGUGGGCUCUCUUUCGGAGUACAGACAUUCUCCCGAAAUAGCAGGAGAGAGGGCGUCAUCGCUGGAAAAACAGCCGUUGCACUGGGAUUGCAACACUGACUGUCCUGUUGCUACCUCUCAACUGUGUGAGCUCCUCCAGUUAUCUUUGAGUCAGGAAACUCAUCUUGUGGGGAUAUGACUGGUCGACGUUUGAGCAUUCAGCCUUAGAAGAGGAAAAUCCCUGAUUCUGUGUUGUGACCCUUGUUCUCUUGUAGACAACAGCUCCUCAUUAAGGCAGAAUGAGAGAGAAGCUGGCUGCCAUGUCGCGAUCGCUAUGCCCCAGCUCGCAGGCCGAGUCCAGCGACGACCUAAAGACACCGAAUGGCGGCGAAGAAAAGAUGCAAAUGAAGCGCGAGAUUUCCCUCCCCAAUGGCAUCUGCCUCAUCGUGGGCAACAUGAUUGGCUCUGGAAUCUUUGUCUCGCCUAAAGGCGUCCUCAUGCACAGCGGCUCCUACGGGCUAUCGCUAGUUAUCUGGGCUCUCGGCGGCAUCUUUUCCGUUUUCGGAGCACUGUGCUAUGCAGAGCUGGGAACCACGAUCACCAAAUCGGGCGCUAGUUACGCCUACAUCCUGGAGUCGUUUGGCGGUUUCCUAGCUUUUAUCAGGCUGUGGACGUCCAUCCUYCUCAUUGAGCCGGCCAGCCAGGCGGUCAUCUCGCUGACCUUCGCCAACUAUCUAGUGGAGGCGUGGUACCCCACCUGCCAGCCCCCCUACGACGCCAUCCGCCUCAUUGCUGCCGCCUGCAUCUGCAUGCUUAUCUUUGUAAACUGUGCCUAUGUUAAGUGGGGAACCAUGGUCCAGGAUCUGUUCACCUACGCCAAGCUCAUGUCACUCAUCCUCAUCAUCAUUAUAGGUAUCAUGAAGAUAGCCAAAGGAGAAACCCAGAACUUUCAGAAUCCGUUUGAGGGUUCCUCCAUAGAGCCUGGCCCUAUAGCUCUGGCCCUCUACUCUGCUCUGUUCUCCUACUCUGGCUGGGACACACUCAACUUUGUCACAGAGGAGAUCCAGAACCCAGAGAGGAACCUGCCUCUGGCCAUUGCCAUCUCCAUGCCCAUUGUGACCAUCAUCUACCUGCUGACCAAUGUGGCCUAUUACGUGGCUCUGGACAUGCCCUCUCUACUAGCCAGUGACGCUGUCGCCGUGACUUUUGGAAAUGCGGUCCUGGGACCGUUCAAAUGGAUCAUUCCCAUUUCCGUGGCCAUGUCCUGCUAUGGAGGACUCAACGCCUCCAUCAUCGCUGCCUCCAGGUUGUUUUUCGUGGGGGCGAGAGAGGGACACCUUCCAAACAGUCUGAGUAUGAUCCAGGCGGAGCGCUACACACCUGUCCCCGCCCUCAUAUUCAACGGGUUGAUGGGCUUGAUCUUUCUGUGCGUGGAGGACGUGUUCCAGCUCAUCAACUACUUCAGCUUCAGCUACUGGCUCUACGUGGGCCUGUCUGUGGCCGGCCUCAUCUACCUGCGCUUCACUCAGCCAGACAGACACAGACCUGUUAAGCUCUCCCUGUUCUUUCCCUUCGUUUACUGCCUGUGCAGUCUGUUCCUGGUCAUCGUCCCUCUGUACGGCGAUACCAUUAACUCCCUCAUAGGGAUCGGCAUCGCCCUGUCUGGAGUGCCUGUCUACUACGUGGCCAUAUACCUGCCUGAAGACAGGAGGCCCAAGUUUAUAUCCAGACUAAAUGCCUGGGUCACCAAAUACACCCAGAUCAUGUUGUACUGCUGUCUGACUGAACUUGAUGUGGAACCAGAGAAGCUAGGAGACAGCAAAACUCAGUGAGGAGGCCUGGUGCCACCCCUCUCCUGGCCCAUGCCACGCAUGAUGCACAUGCCUGGAACACGAAACCUGACUGAGCCAUGCGUGGACAAAGGCUGCACUGAAGGGUUGGCUGGUGGGGGCUCGAUGCUUGCCCAAGUACCACAUUGCAUUCUCAAAGGCUUUCCAUGUCUUGAGGACAAAAGAGGAGCUGGUACUUGAUCAUGUGCGAAGAAACUGAUAACUGUGGGAUUAUUUUAUUUUGGUGAACAUUAUAUUUUCCUAUAAGAGCAUGACUGCUCAUUGUGUAAUAUGCUCAUGGUAAUAUAAUGUAAUGUGCUUACCCAUGUUCUUCUUCAAGUGUUUAUACCUUAAUGUUCCUCCAAGAGGUUUGCCUAGUUAUUUCUUUGGAUAGCACUUACAGUACAUGUCCUACAGUUCUGACAGUCAACAGUCUUUGGCUUGUCUUUUUGUGCUGAGUCACUAAGUGGGGGUCUGACAAUGUUAUGACUUACAAAACAUGGCCAAAUGGACCAAUCGGUAUGCUGUAAAUUACAUACAGUAGAACUAAUCACAUAACGCAUGUAUUAAUUACAAUAUGAGCUCUCAAACAGGGACUUGAUUAUUAAAGUGUUUGGUUUUGAA